CAGAACAAGGAUCAUGAGGAGAAGAAAGGUGCCAAGACAAAAAUUGACAAAUUAACCGAGCAAGUUGAGUUGUCAGAUAAGAAAACUAAGGAACUAGAAGAAAGAAUCAACUAUCAAGACGAUUACAGUAGAAGGAAGAAACAUCAGGAUUAGUGGAUUUGAGGAGCGAGAUGGCAACGAGACGUGGGAGCAGACGGCGGCCUUGGUAGCUUUUAGGCUUCAGGACAAGAUGCAGCAACCAGGACUCGUGCUUGAGCGAGCCCACAGGGUUGGUACGCGCCGGGAACACAAGCCUCGCACUAUCGUGGCGCGAUUCUCUCGAUUUUGUGACAGAGAGGCCGUGGUGAGAAAUGCGAAUAAGCUGAAGGGAACAAACAUUUUCUUAAAUGAUGACCUAUGUCCAGCUUCACAAGCUGCUAAGAACGCUCAGAUGCCGCUCCUGAAACAAGCAAAAGCCCAAGGAAAGAUCGCCUUCUUUCGGCAUACCAAGCUGAUCGUGAGGGAGAGAUACAACGACGACGGCGCUUCUGUUGCUGCUGCUGGUAGGCGAGGACAGCAGCCGGCGGGGGAUGCUGUAAACGCUGCUGUGGGAGAGGCGGCCACCGGUGGUGGGGUCAGGGGGGAAUCCAGGCCUGCUGCUGUUGGCGAUGUUGUUGGCGUGGAAGUGGCGGGUGCCUGGUCUAGCGGGAGAGCUGAGGGAUUGCCUUCUCUCAACUCACCGCGCCCUGAUACUACCGCACGCACUCUCCCCCUGCACGGGGUGUCUCGCCUCAACCAGUGUAUGGCGCGCCUGCGCGCCGGCACAACAGAGUGAGAGGGGAACGUAGAGCCGAGGGGACACGUUGAACUUGCCCUCUCAGCUAUUUCGGCGCGGUUGUUGUGACGUGAGUGUUGAUAACGUACCACAGCAUAAUGAACAUCAUAGGCUGUAGGGGCCCACCAGCGUCUCCAAAGCCACUUCACGACAGUCACGCCUACACGUCAGACAUGUCCCGGGAGGCGCGGAGAGUAAAUCCCAGUAAAUCCCCGAGCUCUCAUCCCGGUAAAUCUCCAAGUGUAAUCCCUUGCAUACAACCAAGAGGACGCCUGUUCCCCGCACUGUGUUUGUAUUCAUCAUAGUAUUAGAUAAUAGAUACUUAUGUACCAUGAGGAUUUAAUGAUGUGUGUCAACAUAAUUAAUGUAACUACGUAUAGUAAUUAGAUACUUACGUAAUUGUGAGUUACGUAAUUGUGAGGAUUUAUUGAUGUGUGUUAGUAUAAGUACACUUAACGUAACAUAAUGACGUACAUCAGAUCACGCAGACGAGAGGGCGACUUGCUGUGUUUGUGCUGGUGGUGUUCAUCUGUAGAAGCGACUGAACCCGCUAAAGUGUAGGUCACUCUGUAUUGACUCAUAUAUGUUACGGAAUUGACGACGUGAAGUGUCACGACAUUGAUGUACUGCAAUACUUGUUUUACCUAUUGAUAUACUUUUUUCUGUUAUUCUCAGUAUUAGUGAUAAUAUGCUAAUUCACAAAGAGCGCGUACUGCACAGCUCGUUUCAGUCACCUCCAGUACAAUACAUUAAUAAGCGUCGGAUGGCGCUUACAAAUUAGAGUGGCUAAAGAAAACUGGUACACAUCAAAAUGAUCUGGACAGUGAGGUAAUACAGAGAAAACUUGGGAAAUACUCAACCGUUUAAUGGCAAACAAUGUCUCAAAAUUGCCAUCUUCAAUGGAUUUUGGUGACAAAAUCUUCUCUAACAACAAUGAUAUUGCUGAAGGGUUUAACAGUUAUUUCAGUAAUAUUGCCAGUAAAUUAGCCGCAGACAUUGGUCCUGCCACUGUGCCAUUUAAUUCUUUCCUCCCUGAUUCUGUGCCAUUUUUUUUUUUUUUUUUUUUUUUGUAAGACCAACCACAGAGAAAGAAAUGAAGCCUAUUAUUACUGGUCUCAGAGUUACUUCACCUGGAUAUGAUGACAUCAACAUGAAGGUAAUAAAAGAAUGCAGCGAUGAUAUUUCUCCUUCUCUAAAGUUUAUUAUCAAUAGAUUUUUGAAGGAAGGAUACUUUCCUAAGCAAUUACAGAUUGCAAAAAUUAUCCCAAUAUUUAAGAAAGGUGAUAAAUGUAAGCACAAUAACUAUAGGCCUGUUUCUAUUCUUCCCAGCCUCAGCAAAAUCAUCGAAAAGUUUUUCGCUAUUACAUUAACUGACUACUUUACCAAGUUUUCCCUGUUUACAGUAACCCAGUACGGAUUCAGGCCCAAGUACUCAACAGAUGUAGCAAUUCAUAAUCUGUGCCAAAGUAUUCAUGAUGCUUUAGAUAAAAAAUGUAACCAAAUUACUGUAUUUUGUGAUUUAAGUAAGGCCUUUGAUACGAUAUCACACAAUAUUCUGUUAAGUAAACUUAAUACAUGUGCAUUCGGGGAAAGGCAAAUGACUUCAUUAAGAGCUACUUGAGUUUUAGAAAACAAUUUACAAUUUACAACAAUAUUUCAUCAACAUAUAAACAUAUUAAUUACGGUGUCCCUCAGGGAUCAAUCUUGGGGCCGAUGUUAUUCUUAAUACAUGUGAAUGACACAGUACGUACAAGCAACACCAUUAAAUUCUUGCUUUACGCUGAUGACACAACUAUAUACGUCCAGGAACAAAAUAUGGAGGAAAUGGUUCAUAAUAAUGAAUUAAUUAAGGUAUCUGACUGGAUAACAAGCAACAGACUUACACUAUAAGUGUCUAAAACUUUCUAGAUGGUGUCAUGUCUGACAAACGUAAAUGAAGUUGAUAUUGAUAUAAAGAUAAAAGACAAUUUGUUGAGUAAAGUUAAUUACAUAAAAUUUCUAGGCUUAAUAAUAGAUGAUAGAUUAACCUGGAAACAACACCUACAUCAACUCUGUAGUAAAUUGUCACAAAUAACUGGUGUCUUGUACAAAAUUAGAAACAAUAUAACUGUCCAAUGUCUGAAAUUAAUAUAUAUGUCUACUGUUUAUCCACAUCUAAUAUACUGUUCACCAAUUUGGGGGGGAGCGUUUAAAACACUCUUAGAUGGGUUAUUUGUUGCGCACAAAAAAAAACAACAAUGAUAUCAUUAAUAGAAAACUUUGGCUAAUAUAACAUAUGUUACAGCAAAGUAUGUAUGUAACCAUGCAUACAUUUGUUAUGUAUGUAUGUGAGUAUGUGUAUGUAUGUGCACAGGUUUGUAUGUGGCCAUGUGUGUGUGUGUGUGUGUGUGUGUGUGUGU